UACAAAAUUCUGAAUCAAUGAAGCCGUUGCUGCAGUGGCUUUUUAGCAUAAGUGCUGGUCUUUUAGUGGGCAUACAAACAAUGCGCUUGUUGAAGGUGGCCAAUGAGGAAAAUGAAUCGUACUUUGCACAUAUAAUGGACUCAUCGGCGAUUCAGAAUGAAUCAGAUUUACCGUACAUUAUGGGAUCUGAGCAGAUUAGUGCAGCAUUACAGCAAAUUCUAAGCAGCGAUGAGAAUAUUUUGGAAAAUCGUUCGGUACUCAUUAACGAUGUGUUUAACCCCAUUCAGUCGGAUUAUGCACUCGGCUCAGAAUCUUUAAAUCGCACGCUGGAGGAGUUAUUGGCAAGUUCUUGUCAUGAUAAUGCUGAGCAAAUUCACUUUGAGCCCGCCAUACAGCUUUAAGUACACAAUAUUUUCAGAUGGUAAAUAAAUUAAGGGUUUCUCUCCCUAACAGUGUCAAA